AUGUCAAAUCAGAGUAGCGGAGGAAGCAGUAGUAACGCCGGUAUUAAUAAACAAUAUGUAUCGCCUUACAAAGACAAUAGUGUAAAUUCUUUAGCGCAAAGAGAAAAUGAAUCGAUUUCACCACCACCAUCGCAACGGAGUGCAACUGUAACUUCAAACAAGAAACAAAAGAUAACCAAUACAAAUAGUUUAACAUCUAAUGAUAAUAAUAAUAGUAAUAAUAAUAAUAAUAAUAAUGAAAAUGAUAACAUUAGUAACAAACAUCCAAAUUCAUAUUCUGUAAAUCAACAUCAACAUCAACAUCAACAUCAACAUCAACAUCAACAUCAACAACAAACUCUUAAAGAUUUCAAACCAUUAGAUAUAAAUAGAACAUCUCUUUUAAUAAAGUUAUUGGAUCCUCUACAUGUACAAAUUGGUAAUUAUAUUUAUGGUAUGUUAAUACAAAGAAGAUGGUUAGAGAAACACUGCUUCACUUUAAUGAUUAAACUAACAAUUGGUUUUUUUUAUGUUCAUUUAGUACCUGAUCCACCACAGUUUAAGAAAUCAUUACAAAAAGAUUUAAUGUCAUUAAAUGAAGCAAAGAGAAAUCAAUUCGUAGAGGAGCUAGACAAAUAUUUAUUAUCAGAUGAAAUAGCGUUGAGGAUAUCUCUUUCACCGGUGUCAUCAUCACUCAGUGACAGAUCAACGCAUUUCUCUGAUAGUUUCAUCAAAAUACUCCUAUCAGUGCCAUGUCUACAAUCAAAAGUAAUCGAUAAAAUAUUAGAGAAAUCAAUGGACUAUAUUAGUAUAAUGGAUUUCAUACCGGAGAUUAUCGAUGACUCUGGUCAUGCUAUCAUGGUGGAAACACUACUGGCCAUCAUAGAGGAAGACAGUUCCUACACAGUCGCUGUUCUCGACACCCUCGGUAGUCUUACACUGAGUCAAUCUCUGAAAUCAAAAGCAAGAGACAAGAUCUUUACAUGUCUUAAUUCAGCAUCACUCGAAGAACUACCUGUCAUCAUCAAUUCGCUAUUACAAUCCAAUUCACCAAAAGAAUCAUCUGAUACAAUAAAAAGAUUAAGAAGUAAUUUGAAUUUUCCACCUAGAUAUAUUUAUGGAUCUGGAAGUGGUGGUACUUUGACACAGUUUAAUGAGAAGAAACAAAAGGAUCAACAGAACGCAGGUGAAUCUUUGGUGGUCUAUUCAUUAAAGACGAAUUUCAGAUUCAAGAAAGAUCUAUGUGUUGCUUUUCUAAAAGAGAUCAAUUCAAUUAAUGAAGCUAAAUAUCAAAUUAUAGAUAUGUGGAUAUUGUUUAUUAUCUAUUCAUUUUGGAAUUCACCAAAAGAUAUUGAAUCGCUGAUAAAGAAGAAGAUUGCCAAUUCACUGUUUACAAAGAGUCUGUUGAUUUCCAGUAUAUCGCAUCAUGCUGUCGCUCUCAAGGAUUAUUUCAAAUCGUUUCUCUCGUUGUGUGACUGUCUGCUGAGAACGUUCGAUCCGAGAAUCCGAUCGUUCGGUGUCACUUUCUAUGUGACGUUGUUCAAGACAUUCACAGAACGUUACUAUCAGCAGGAUAUCAUUGAAUCACUCACCACUCAUAUCGGUAGUGGCAACGGUUCAGAGGUGGACGAAGCAUUGGAAGUUCUCAAUAUAAUUGCGUAUCAGAAUGUCGAAAACCUCUUACCCUACACCACCUAUAUCAAAGGUAUACUCGAUCACAUUGAUUCUUUGAAUGAGAAUCAAAUCAGACAGUUGUUCCAGGUGUUUGGUCAACUUAGUUAUAUUACAAAGAUUGAAAAUGCGCCAGGUUCUUCUAGUUCCUCUGUGUUGGUCUAUACUCUUCGACCAAACGAUCUAAUUUCCAGUGACUUGGAGAUCUUCUCGAGAAAACAAAUCACAAAUACUCUGACAAAGUAUAAAAAGAUUGGUAUCAUUGCAAUUUGUUCACAGGUUCAGCGAUUGGCAACGAUGCCAACUUCCUAUGAAGCGAAAAUUCUCGAGAAACACCCACAGGAAAAAGAAAAGCUAUUGGAAAUACCUGACGAGUUGUUUAGAUUGGUCAUUCAGCUGCUAGAGACAAUGUUGACAAACUGUAGAACAUCACAAGUAGCAAAGGCAUAUCUGUACGACGAGAUUGUGAAUAUCUAUAAUUCGAAAAAGUCGACGUUCAGCAUGAAGGUUGUCAAUUGGGUGGCAGACCGUCUCGAAACCGACCUCAGAGAAUCGUUCCUACAGGAUCACAUGUCGCGAGAUUCCGAUGAGCUGUGGUUCAACGAUGAGAACGAAUCGAUCGCCGUCAUUAUCUAUCCGAAUUUGGUGGAGGGUGGUGUUCAUCGUGAGAAACUGAUAUGUCUGUCUUCGCACUUUCGAUUGCUACAGACAUUCAUUCGUGCAUCGACAGGAACACUCGAUCAAAUUGAAACACUGUUGAUAUCACCGAUCGAUAUGUUUGGUCUGGAUGUGUUUGAUUCGUUCCAAUCGACAAAGGAUAAGGAUACCUAUGCGCUCUCGUUGUUCUACGCAAUCAAUUGGGUGCGUGAACUCCUGAAUGCUUUCGCUACACAGAGUUCAAACCACGUCAAGCUCGCCAAGAAAAUAGAGAAUCUCAUCGAUUUGGAAACAAAAUUCAACAAAGUACUCUCACAUUGCUACGCUUUUGUCGUUCCCUAUGGAAUCUUUAAUUCCGACCAGCGCAAGAAGUUCUCGAUCGAUCUCACCAAAUCGAAACAAAAAAAGAAGGAGAUGCAAAUUCAUGGUGAGGAGUCAAUCGAUGAAUUCUUCCCAUUCUCCAAGUUGGUCAAGCCGUAUUUCCGUCAAUUGGAUUUGAAAGCACUCUCUGUUUUGCAAAUGUAUUGUAAAGCUGAACAGAGUGAUGGUGUUAGUGCAGGAAGUUCAUCUUCACAGGUGCUGAUUGAUCUCGAUCCCAAAGGUUUACACUAUCUCCUGGAUGAUUUGUAUGCCAAGCUGCUGGUGUUGACAACCCCCGAGAAAACCAAUCCAAUGUUGUUGGCCAAUCCAAACUUGUUGGCUGGAUCUGCACCGAAACAGCAUCUCUCAUUUACCUUGAUUGAAAUGAUCACUCAGUUGAAUGGAGUAUUCCCUGCAUUCUGUAUUUAUCUAGAGAGAAUUGUACAGCAACUACCCGCUCUACAUGAAAGCAUCACCAGAUUGACAGAGGAAAUCACCGUACUGAAAUCGCAAAUCAAACAAACGAAACCAAAGGACGAUGAAGAUGAAGAGAAAAACAAAGCACUCGCCGAACUCCAAGAGAAUCUAGCGGAAGUUGAAGCCAAAGCAAAUCCACUACUUCAAACUCAGUCAUACUUGACCUCUUGUUCGCAUUUGAUAUUCAAAUCAUUCGAACAAAUAUUCACCUAUGGUGAUUUAUUCUCUGAUUCCUAUGGUAAAUCAUUCCAAGAUUUAAUUACAAGUAUAAUUGAUAAACAAAUUAGUUCACAUAAAGGACAGUCUAUUAGUUCACAAUUGACUUCACUCUUCAACUAUUUCAGUUCAUUCUGGCCCAAGUUUAUCAAUAACAACCUCUUCAAGCCGUGUCUCAGCUUGCUCCAACUCCUUACAUCGAUCUAUGAGAAUCCACUUUUCGGAAAGAAAGAAUCACCUGAUAUCAAAAAGACAAUCAGUGAUUAUGCUUACAAAGCAUUACGAACUAAUUGGUCAUAUAAAAUAAGUUCUGUUUCAAUAAGUUAUCUUAUUAAAGCAUAUAUUCAUUUCCAUGAUGACCAAUUGGGGGUGAUCGAUAAACUGACAGAGACAUUGCAAAAUUUCUUGAAUGUUGAUAAGUCAACGAAGAAGAAGAAGAACGACGAAGACGAGGAUAUGGAUCAGAGUGAUGAAAACGAUCAAAUCUUACCAGUGCUUCAUACUCAUUCGGCGUUGGUGUUCUUCAAGACUUUGUUUUCACUGUUGAUCGUAGUGUUUGAAAAACAAAACUUUUCAAACCCCGCCGAUAUGGAUGCAACAAUCGAUCGCUUGAAAUAUUUCACUAGAAUAUUCAAAGCCUUGGUUGAUUUCACAAAGCAUAAAAAGAGUCAUUAUCUUGUUGAAACCUUAAGAUAUGGAAAGAACUUUGUUACUUCAUACACAAAAGCUAUCGUUCCAAUUUUGAAACCUCUAUUGAAAUACAACAUGUAUGACACUAUUGAAAAUGCUAUUUCACAAUUCCAAGGUAGUUGUAGAAUUUUACAGCACAUUUGUACUUAUGGAAAGAAACAAAAAGAUACAUCACUCACUAAACUCAUUCCACAAGUUAAAAAAUGUGUCGAGACAUUCUUGGUGGAGGUCAAGUUGGUUCUGACUGCUAUGAAUUGUUUGGGUGCUUUCUCUACUGCCUCUCUGAAAAAGAAAACACUACAGGGUGUUGUGAUCAAUGAAGAUAUCGAUACAGAAGAUGAGAUCGAUGAAUCAGAAGAAGAGAAGAAGAAGAAGAAGAAAAAGACAAAGAAAUCGGAAGAAUCAAAGAAAGUGUCGAAAUCAAAAUCAAAGAAAGACAAGAAAUCAUCAUCGUCAUCAAAGAAGAGUUCAAAGGAUAAGGAUAAAAAGAAGAAAAAGAGUAAGAAGAAAUCAAAAAAAUCAAUCAGUAGCAGUGAAGAUGAAGAGAGUCAAGAUGAGGAUGAAGAGAUGGAAGAAUUGGAAGAGGAGCAGGAAGAAGAAGAAGAAAGAGUAUCUAGUGAGAUUGAACAAAGUGAAGGUGAACCAUCGUCCGAUGAUAAUGGUAGACAUAGAUAUAGUAGCGAUGAGAAAGAUUCACCAGGAUUGUUGUCGAAUGAAGAUGACUCUGAUGAACCAAAAGUCAACAGGACAAGAAUUGCUCAGAAAUCAAUUAGACAUAAUAGCAACAACAACAGCCGCAUAGUAUUAGAAUCUAGUGACGAGGAGGAGCAAGAAGAAGAAGAAGAAGACUCAAAGAGCGAUAUGGAGGAAGAAGCUGAAGAGGGAGACCCUGAGGAAUCUGGCGAAGCAGAGUCAGAGGGUGAGGGUGAUAGUCUACAUUCUGAUGACAAUGACGAAUUUGGAAAUUUAGAAUUUGAUGAGCAAGACGAUGAUUAA